AUGGCUGACAAAGCUAAAAAGCCAGAACCCAAGAAGGAAGGUAAAAAAGAGGAGCCACCGAAAGAGGAACCAAAAAAAGAGGAACCAAAAAGUGAAGAGCCGAAAAAGGAAGAGCCGAAAAAAGAUGAAGAACCAAAGGAACUCAUUCUCUUGACGGCUCAUUCCGAAGAUGGAAAAUUGAAAGCGGUAUUGGAAGACGUGCCAAAGGAUGGCAAGUCUAGGCAAUUUAUAAAGAUCCUGAGUGGGCCAAGGAUCUUGAAAACCUACGAUCUUUCAGCUCACGAUGUUCACGGGGAUGUUUACACUGAUGCGACAUUUGGUGCCUUUCACUUUUCGCCGGACAACAAAAAGUUGUUGUACGUCGCUGAAAAGAAGCUGCCGAAAUGCGAGUCCUUCUACAAGCAAAAGCCCAAGCCAAAGAAGCCUAAAAGCAAAGAUGAAGAAGAAGAGUCAAGCAGGGGUACAGAGUACGUUUACAAGCCAGAUUGGGGCGAGCAGUUGGUUGGCAAGCAUCUGUCGGUCGUUGUGAUCUUGAAUACUGAAGAUGACUCCAUAACUCCGUUAACUACCAUUCCUGAUGACUGUUUCCCCAGUCAAGUGCUCUGGGCUCCAAAUGGCGAGGACAUCUUUGGUGUCGCUUACACUCUUAACAAAAUACGUCUCGGACUGUACGCUUGUACCAACCGAGAGGCAUGCAUUUUUCAUUUGAAGGGAUCGGAAUUCAACAGAAUAACUGCCAAGGGUCUUUUUAAUUUUCAUCAGU